GACUUUCUUGCAAAGUUUGGGAAGGAACUCAAAAAUGCUGAGGGCUGCAGACAAUGUUGUUAUGGAGCAGGAGGGCUCUGCUUCCAGAAAUGGAGAAAUGACAAGUUGGGAUAUCAAUGACAUCAAACUUCCCCAGGACGUGAGACAGAUAGACUGGUUUCAGGAAUGGCCGGAUUCCUAUGUGAAACAUAUCUAUAGCUCAGAGGAUAAAAACGCUCAGAGGCACCACAGUAGCUGGGCAAUGAGAAACACCAACAACCACAACUCGCGCAUCCUGAAGAAGUCCUGCCUUGGGGUGGUGGUCUGCGGCAACGACUGCUCGACCCUGGAUGGGAGGAAAAUCUACCUUAGGCCAGCCAUAUGUGAUAAAGCUAGGCAGAAACAACAGAGGAAAUGCUGUCCAAACUGCAACGGACCCCUGCGGCUCCUUUCCUGCCGAGGCCACGGUGGUUACCCCGUUACCAACUUCUGGAGGCAUGAAGGCCAGUUCAUAUUUUUUCAGUCCAAAGGGGCUCAUGACCAUCCACGUCCAGAAACAAAACUAGAAGCUGAAGCACGGAGGUCAGUCCAAAAAGCACGGACAGCUUUUUCUCCACCUUCUCCUAGGUUAAAAAGACUCCGGGAGAUCAAGUCUCUGGCAGGUGAGACGCCCACCCAGGAGGCCUUGCCUUUGCUGCUUUCCAAGCCGGAUGGUUACGUGCUACCUGCCAGUUUUGGGGGACAUUUAAGCAAACGCUCUCCAGAGCAGACACCGAGCAGCUGCUUUGGGCAGCCGCCGUACCUGAGGGUGGCUGGGGAGGACAAGGAGGGCCGGGUGCACCCUGCCCAUGGCGGCUCAUGCACACAGGCCUGGAGCAGCACCCAGCAGGUCCCCAGCGUGCCACCGGUGACAAAGGGUGACCAUAACCCCCUCAGGCCUGGUGCUGGUCCUUCAGGGGAGGAAACCUGCAAGAGAAAAGGCCUUCUGGCCUACAGCAGCGGCUGCCAUACCUUCCCUCCUCCACCAUACCCCCCGCCUCAGCAAGGGCCCUGCCUGGUGGGGUCACACCACCACCACCAUCACCACCACCAUCACCACCACCACCUCCCAGCACUCCUCAAGGGAGGCCAACGAGAUGAGGAAGAGGCAAAGCACUGUACAAACCCCAGCUACUGCAACAACGACAUGUUUUUUAACCUGUACCCGUUACGGUGACCGAGUUAACAUUUCCUCUCUGUCAUCCACUUCUGGCAAUGUGGCUAGCUCUCCAUCCCCGGCUACCAUGCUGAUUCCCUCU